AUGACAGGUCGGAAGCGUAAUAUUGAUGAUUCUACCAUUUCUACCAAAUCAAGGUCAAAAGUUCUAAAGGCUACUAGAUUUGCUAAACAAAAGGUUUCAUCUUCGACAAGAAAUUCUCAAAAGAAUGUCCAAAUCCUCAACGUUAACCGUUCAGAUUACCUUUCUUAUGACGAUGUAAAAUUAAUGAGGAGAAAGAUCAAUGAAUUAGCUACGAUGAACUGUGAGGAUGAAGAAUCUUUAAUAGAUCCUAUUGAUAUCACUGAUAUUGCUUUCAAUACAACAGAAGGUUUAAAAGAUUUCAAAGAAAAAUUUUCGGGUGUAAUUUCGAUUGUAACGUUACUUUGUACUAUUAAUAAAUUAUUUGAAGAUAUUGGAUGGAAGUUGUCAAAUUUCAAUGAAUUAGAUGGUGGUAAAUGUGAAUUAAUCGAUCUUACUACUAAACAAACUUUUAGACUUAACGUAAUAUUUGAUGAAGGUUUUGAAUCUGAUAUUAAAAGACAUAGGAUGAGAAAGGAAAGCGAGAUCCCAAAAUAUUUUUACGUCUAUGAUCAUGGAGAAACAAAACUUUUGAGGAAUAAUACCGAUAAUAUAAGUAUGAACGUUAAAGGUAAGAUCAUUGAUGUGGAAACGAACAUGAAUGGAGUAAAGAUUAUUAAUGGAGCUCACGAGGAUAAUUCAUGCGAUGGCUUACAAACUUACUCCGCUGCGAGAUCAAGAAUCAAAAGAAAUUUACCUGUUUCCCGGGGAAUUGACAUAAUUCUUGACGAAGUCACUGAUGAAAUAAGAAAUCGGGUUGUACAUUUCGAUAGUCCUUUUUCUUUGUUUGAAGGGAAAUCUCGGGAAAGUAACGACGGUUCAAAUAAAGAACAUUUGAAGAGAGAAUACGAAGAAAUUGAAAAGAACAAUCAUCACUUCGUCUUGAUCGGAAAAGUUAACGACGAUCCUGAAGGCAACACAAAUGCUAAUAUGGGGAACUUGAUUAAUUUAAUUGAUAAGUCUGCGACACAUGCAAAAGCUUCAAAGAAUGUCGAGAGUGCGAUGACGGUUUUCUCGAAAUCUAAUGAUGAUUAUAGAACCAAUGGAAGUAAUAAUAAAAAUGACUCCAUCGUAAUAAGGGAUUAUAAAUUUUUGGAUAAUGAGGUUACUAGCGAAGAUUCUCACUCAUUAAAGCAACUCACCGACCAUUAA